GCUUCAAUUUCAUCUCAGCUGCCCUUCCCCUCAAAUUCGUUUUGUAGAUCCAAAUCUUGUAAAUUUAUUAUCAAGAAACAACUACGUCAUCUCUUGUCUUUUUAUCUUUUUGGGUGUUGUGGUCUUACAAAGACCCACUCUUUCAUGGUAGCAGAUUAGCAAUAGAGAGAGAGAUAGAGAUAGGAAGGAUCUGAAGCAGAUGGGGAUAGAUCCGAGGCAAAUAGUGGCAGGAGUGCUUACACUCACCAUGUUUCUAAUGCUUGCUAACAUGAUUAAGCGUGACCACUUUGAUGCUCCCAUUUCUCAUCAUCAUCAGGUGAACCACGUAGCCCAACCUUUUGAUGAUUCAGACCAGACCCUUUCUAAUACUGCUGGUGAUGCCCCUUGGAAGGAGGAAACUCUGGGUCUUAAACCUUGUUGGUCUAACCCACCCUCGGAAGAUAUAGAUGAAUCCAAAGGCUUUGUCACUUUCUCAUUAACUAAUGGACCUGAAUACCAUGUUUCCCAGAUUGCUGAUGCAGUAGUAGUGGCAAGAUACCUAAAGGCAAGUCUUGUAAUUCCAGACAUUAGAGGAACCCAUCCUGGUGAUUGGAGGAACUUUGGAGACAUUUAUGACAUUGAGAAGUUUGUAAAUAGUCUGGAUGGAGUUGUCAAAGUAGUUAAAACCCAACCUUCGGAGUUAUCAUCAAAAAAUCUUGCUGUUAUCAGGGUUCCUAAUCGAGUCACUCAAGACUACAUUGCCGAAAACAUUGAACCAGUUUUUCAAACCAAGGGAAAUGUAAGGCUGGCAACAUAUUUCCCAUCUGUCAACAUGAAAAAGAUCAAGACUGAACAAGAUGACAACAGAAAUUCAAUUGGAUGCUUGGCCAUGUAUGGAGUUCUUGAGCUACAACCAGAUGUUCAGGAAGUGGUAGAUUCAAUGGUUGACCGUCUUAAAACUCUAAGUCGCAAGUCCGAUGGCCAGUUUGUAGCAGUGGACUUGAGGCUUGAUAUGUUAGACAAAAAGGGUUGCCAAGGAGAUGAUGCUGGAUCAAAGAAAUGUUACAGUCCGCAAGAGAUUGCACUAUUUCUGAGAAAGCUUGGUUUUGACAAGGAUACUGCCAUAUAUUUGACACAAUCGCGAUGGGAUAGCAGUCUUGAUGCUUUGAAGGACCUCUUCCCCAAAUCUUACACAAAGGAGGGCAUAAUGCCCAUGGACAAGAAGUCAAAAUUCCUCGAGUCCGAGUAUGAGAAGGUUAUCGACUUCUACAUCUCAUCUCAGAGUGAUGUAUUUGUGCCAGCAAUCUCAGGCUUGUUUUAUGCUAAUGUUGCUGGUAAAAGAAUAGCUUCAGGCAAGACUCAAAUACUGGUUCCUGCAAACAUUCCUCCAGCUUCUUCUGCUUCUGUAGCCAAUUAUGUCUCCCAUUAUGUUUCAAAGAAGAAUCACAUGGCCUAUUCAUGUUUCUGCUAGCUGCGAAAAUUUUCCUAGCAAGCAGUUUAUAAGACAUCCUCCCUUCAAAUCAACAGCAUAAUCAAUCCACUUCCAAGAAGACAGGAAGUUUGAUCGGAUGUUAUUUUUGUUUUCUUUGAUUGAUUUUUAUUUUAUUUUAUCAAGGCUCUUGAGAGAGCAGCAAGCUUCUCUAAAAUAUAGUGUUCAAAUGUGUUGUCUUUACUUUAUGUAACUACCUUUUUUACAUCAGAAAACCUUUUAGUGUGCAAGUGUUUUCACAACUUUGUAUUUCUGUUCCUUGAUAUUAAAAUCUAUUGCCUA